AUGGGUACAAGGAGAAUUUGGAAUGUUAAUUCAAUAGGGAUAUGGAAAAUGGUGUAUAAUUUGGUGAAAGAUAAUAAUUUGAUUAUAGUGAUGAAUAAAGUAAAGGUCCACUCUGAUGAUACAGGAAACAAUAUAGCAGAUUCAUUAAGUAAACAAGGGUUGAAUGAAAAGGAUGAUGAUUACCGAGUGUAUAUUAAUAUCGAUAGUGAGACUUCGUGGGAAUAUAUGGUGUAUUGGAAAGGAAAUAUUACGAGAAAGUUCAAGAAAUUCAUGAAAAAAUAUAAUCAAGUUAAAUGUAAAGCGGAAUGGUUGUGA